AGUAGCACGUCAGCACAGGAUACAGGGAAGGAAAGCAACUGUUUACAGUCUUUAAUGAUGGAAGACGAGGAAUUAGAAUUUGUGGAGGAUUUAGAGGCCAUAUUACACCUUACUCCAGAAGUGCAGUUGGCCAUUGAGCAGGUUUUCCCCAGCCAGGACCCUUUGGAUGGAGCUGACUUCAAUGCUGUUGAAUACAUUAAUACAUUGUUUCCAACAGAACAGUCAUUGGCAAAUAUAGAUGAAGUGGUUAACAACAUAAGGCUUAAAAUCAGACGGUUGGAUGACAACAUCAGGACUGUUGUGAGGGGACAAACUAAUGUGGGGCAGGAUGGCAGACAGGCACUGGAGGAGGCACAGAAAGCCAUCCAGCAACUCUUUGGCAAAAUCAAAGACAUUAAAGACAAGGCGGAGAAAUCAGAGCAAAUGGUGAAAGAGAUCACACGGGACAUCAAGCAGUUGGACCAUGCGAAACGCCACCUGACGACUUCUAUAACCACCCUCAAUCACCUGCACAUGCUGGCCGGUGGUGUGGACUCUCUUGAAGCUAUGACUCGAAAGAGGCAGUAUGGAGAGGUGGCCAAUCUCCUGCAGGGUGUGGUCAAUGUGCUUGAGCAUUUUCAGAAGUACAUGGGAAUCCCACAGAUUCGCCAACUUUCAGAGAGAGUUAAAGCAGCACAGAGCGAGCUUGGCACACAGAUAUUGGCUGAUUUCGAGGAGACGUUUCCAGUCCAGGCGUCAAAGAAAUCUGGAGGUCCUAGCAUCAUUCUAAAAGACGCUUGCUUGGUGGCGAAUGUCCUGGAUCCUCGUAUUAAGCAAGAGAUCAUCAAAACGUUCAUAAGGCAACACCUCUCUGAAUACCUAGUGCUCUUCCAAGAGAACCAGGAUGUGGCAUGGCUCGACAAGAUAGACCGCCGCUAUGCAUGGAUCAAGCGUCAGCUAGUGGACUAUGAAGAGAAGUAUGCCCGUAUGUUCCCUGAGGAGUGGUGUAUGACUGAACGCAUCGCUGUAGAGUUCUGUCAUAUUACUAGAACCGAGCUGGCUAAAUUGAUGCGAACCCGUGCCAGGGAGAUUGAGGUCAAACUUUUGCUCUUUGCUAUUCAGAGGACUACCAAUUUCGAAGGGCUGCUUGCUAAACGCUUCUCAGGCUGCACCUUGAACGACGGGCCUGGGCAGAAAAGACCUGAGAUGCCCCUAGAACCCACUAACCCCUUUCUGGAGGAUGAGUCUGGGGAGGACAAUGUGUCAGAAAAGGAUGAAGAUUUGGAUCGACCAAAGAAGCCCAAGGCUCCUGACAACCCAUUCCAUGGCAUUGUGUCCAAGUGCUUUGAGCCUCACCUCUACGUUUACAUCGAAUCACAGGAUAAGAAUCUCGGAGAACUGAUUGAGCGAUUUGUUGCUGAUUUCCGGGCUCAGGGUCCUCCUAAAUCGGGCACAGAUGAGGGUGGUGCUGUGCUCCCCAGCUGUGCAGAUCUCUUUGUGUAUUACAAGAAGUGCAUGGUCCAGUGCUCCCAACUUAGCACUGGAGAACCAAUGAUUGCACUGUCCACCAUCUUCCAAAAGUAUCUGCGCGAGUAUGCUUGGAAGAUCCUGUCUGGGAACCUGCCCAAAACCAGCACCAAUAGUGUUGGUCUGACCAUUAGCAAUCUGCUUAAGGAGAAAGAGGGAUCAGAAGUGGCCAAGUUCACGACCGAAGAGCUCUGUCUUAUCUGCAGCAUCCUCAGCACAGCCGAAUACUGCUUGGCUACUACUCAGCAGCUGGAGGAGAAACUUAAAGAGAAGGUAGACAAAUCCCUUAUGGAGAGAAUCAAUUUAACUGGAGAGAUGGACACUUUUAGCACUGUUAUCUCCAAUAGUAUCCAGCUCUUGGUUCAGGACCUGGAUUCAGCAUGUGACCCAGCGCUCGCAGCUUUGAGCAAGAUGCCGUGGCAGAGUGUGGAACAUGUGGGAGACCAAAGCCCGUAUGUGACCUCUGUAAUCAUGCACAUCAAACAGAACGUGCCCAUCAUCAGAGACAACUUGGCCUCCACACGCAAAUACUUCACCCAGUUCUGCAUUAAGUUCACCAACUCCUUCAUUCCAAAGUUCAUCAACCACCUCUUCAGGUGUAAGCCCAUCAGCAUGGUUGGAGCAGAGCAGCUUCUACUGGACACACAUUCACUCAAGACUGUUCUGCUAGACCUCCCUUCUAUCGGCUCUCAGGUGGUCCGUAAAGCCCCGGCGAGCUACACCAAAAUAGUUGUUAAAGGAAUGACUCGAGCUGAGAUGAUCCUCAAGGUGGUCAUGGCCCCUUACGAGCCAUCAGUGGUCUUUGUGGACAACUACAUCAAGCUCCUUGCUGACAGCAAUCCUGAGACUUUCCAGAAGAUUUUAGAUAUGAAGGGUCUGAAACGGAGUGAGCAGAGCACUAUGCUGGAGCUCUUCAGACAGAGGUUGCCCACUCCCCCCUCAGGACCAGACGGCGGUCCUUCAUUAUCCUUCAGUACCCCCACCCCUGAACAAGAAUCCUCCCGCAUCCGCAAACUUGAAAAGCUAAUCAAAAAAAGAAUCCAAUAAAUUCAGUAUGACCUGUAUUGCCAUAAAUAAACUAGUGUGAGCGUUCACUGGCACACACCCUUCUGCAUUCACUGCUGUUAAGACAUCAAGGCAUGAGAACAUGUCUACAGUUUCAUCAUGGUGAAAAAGAUGUGUAAAUAGUACUUCUAUGUCUCUAUGUAUUUAUGUUCUCUUACAGAUAAGCAGUGUCCAGUCAUGGUUUAACUUUGGUGCUUUCAUGACUUUACUAUGAGCCUUAUGAUUAAAGUCUUUAGAGGAUGAUGUAAUUUUCUUAAAUGCAACAUUAAGGGGAUUAAUGAGUUGUUUGUUGCUUCCCCCCUUUUCACUCCACUUUACAACACUAAAACUCAAGGCUCCCAUAGUGUAUGUCAUUUAAUUUGCACAUUUCUCUGAAAUGUCUUUGCACUUAAAGCAAAACAGAGGGCAGUGUGACUCAGAGAAGUAACCUGCUGCUAUUCUGGCAAAAAGUCUUCUAGCCUGGAUUUCCAAAUCAAAUUUGGAAAUCCAACGUGUUCAUAAUUGUCCCUUCUUUAUAGCUGUAAACGACUGUGUGGAACUUGGCUUUUGCUUUGGGUAAAGGUGCCUGUGGAGUUGGAGACUCAGUGGGCAAGUGGGAUGGGAAUUUGCAUAUAACAAGGUCUCCAAGUUGGAGUUUCUGCUACUCCACAACAGAGGAACUCCAGGCUUCCUGUCUCCCGCUGAAAUGACAAACCACUUGUUUUGCAGUUUAAAAUGCUUUCCCAGGUUGGAGUGCACAGAAAGAAUCACUCGUAUUGUAAAUGUUUUAACCCUGCAGGAGCUGUAAGGGAGAACAUUUUACCCCUUGCGCAUUCCCUAGUCAUAUUUUCCCUGUGUACAAUAAUUGUAGUCUAUAGGAGAUUUUUGGAAUGCAGAAAUAUUAGGGUUUGUAUUCAGUGGGGAUGCAUUCUUUUCCUUCAAGUCGCUUACUGUUGUAAAAGACGUGUUUGUUUUUGUCAAGUGUUUGACAAGAGUUUUUUAGAUUAUUUUUUUUGAUAACAUUAUGGAAUCUGUGUACUGUAGUCUUUACCAUUUAUUUUCUGCAAAUGGCUUUGUAUUUGAUCACAGACCUCAACAGCAGUGCUUAUCAAGCCAAAACAUGUACAAUAAAGGUAAGGUUUUUUUAAUGUGUUAAAGGAAUAUUCCAGGUUCAGUACAAUAAGACAACAUUUAAUCGACAACAUUUGUGGCACAGUGUUGAUUACCACAAAAAUGUAUUUCGACAUCUCUCAUUUUCUUCAAUCUGGGUAACAUUGAAGCACUUACAAUGGAAGUGAACGGGGGCCAAUCCAUAAACGUUAAAAUACUCAUGAGUAUUUGUACAGUGCACAGUUUCAAAAGUAUUGACACAAAAUGUAAACAAUAUGGGCGUUAACAUGAUUUUAGUGUGAUCAAAUAAUUUGCUAUAACUUUACACAGAAAAGGAUAUCACAUUUUCAACUUCGUUACCACACUGUAAAACCUAAAACGACCAUAAAAACUUAACAGCUCCGAUAACACGAGUUUUAACAGAAGAAUAUUGUAAGUGCUUUUAUAAAAUUACAAGAUUCACAUUUUUGUGUUUUAAACCCUCCAAAAAUUGGCCCCUGUUCACUUCCAUUGUGUCUCAUUAUAACUUUGAUUAUUGCAGGGUUUUUUUUUUAAAGAAAAGGAGAAACGAGUAGAAUGUUUUAUUUAUAUUUUUGGUUGUCAACAAACUCUGUAGAUUGGUAGUUCACAAAUACUGUAGAUUGAGCUUAGCUUGAAUUGAUCCCUUUAAGAAUGGGUUAAUGUGAUGAGUGUGAAUUGCAAUAUUUUUGCUCUCCUUGUUGAUGAUUUAUACUGUCGACUGCUUCUAUUUAAAAAUUCCUGCUUUCAGAUAUAACAUUUUAUUUGUUAAAAUCAAAAUCUGUUCUGUUUUUAAUAUCAAUCUGCUUAUAUAAAUUGUAAGAGCUUGUCAAUAAGAUAUGUUGCCUGUCUUUGCUUUGGGAUUGACAGUUAUUGUCCUUGUCAUUUGAUUUGCUGCAUUUGCCUUUCUCAUCGGUCUGAUUUUAAACUUGAUGUAUU